AUUUAUACUUCAUCAUCAGUAUCAUUUGAAUAUUGAUAGACAAUUGAGUAGACAAUAAUGAAUGGUCCAAAAAUGCAGAUGAAAUCCAAAUUGAAAAAUUAAAAAUAUUUAUUCUCCCCUCUGGUCUCUUCUUGCGAAGGCGCUCACAGAGUUUUUUUUUUCCCCCAAAAAAACGAUACUAUGCGAAAACGUAUACCGUCUGGGUGAUGAAGAUUAACAGAAAUUUAUUCUCAACCAAGAAACGUGCAUUUUGAGACUGACGUCACGUCAGAAAUCCCAAUUUGUCUCCUGUGUGAACGCAGUCGGUAGGAGAGGCUCAGGAGUUUGAACCAACCUCGACAAAGAAACGUCACAACGUGCAGAAUUGAAGCACAGCUGCUGCAGAGCCGUAACGGCCAGUCGGUGAAUCAGACUUCCACCUUGCAAGAGUGCCGUGCCCUGAAGUGUGAUUUUAGUACCCCGUGUGGCUUUGAAUAUGAUCCCGAGGCACCUCUGAAAUUAACAUGAAGCGUAAAAGCGAAAGACGGAGAUUGGAGUCGAGGAAGAAGCGUUUUGUGGUCAGACGUGAAGAGGCGGAGCCGAAGUCCGAUAUUUACAUCCGUAUCACAGAUCAGCUGUAUUUUGUCAUUCUUCAACAGAAGCCUAAAAGUACCGCAGAGAGGCACUUCUUCUGUAUAGAUGAUGAGCUGUCUUACGAGAAUUUCUAUGCAGAUUUUGGACCUCUUAACCUGGCGAUGUUGUAUCGCUUUUGUUGCAAGCUCAAUAAGAAAUUAAAGUCCUUCACGCUCUCGAAAAAGAGAAUCAUUUUCUAUACCUGUGGUGACCAAAAGAAACAAGCCAAUGCCGCCUAUCUUAUAGGUUCUUAUGCAGUAAUGCAUUUGAAGAGAACCCCUGAAGAAGCCUACAGCCUUUUAGUAUCUCGCAACACCACAUAUUUGCCUUUCAGAGAUGCUUCAUUUGGCACUUGUUCAUACAAUUUGCACAUCCUUGAUUGUCUUAAAGGAAUACAUAAGGCUUUGCAAUAUGGCUGGCUGGACUUCACCAAAUUCGAUGUAGAGGAAUAUGAGCAUUAUGAGAGAGCAGAAAAUGGGGAUUUUAAUUGGAUAAUUCCUGGGAAAUUUUUGGCCUUCAGUGGACCCCAUCCCAAAAGCAAAAUUGAAAACGGUUACCCUCUUCAUGCUCCUGAGGCCUACUUUCCUUACUUUAGAAAACACAACAUCACUACAGUUAUUCGCCUAAACAAGAAAAUGUAUGAUGCCAAGAGGUUUACCGACCUUGGUUUUGAGCAUCGCGAUCUUUUCUUCGUUGACGGGAGCACACCAAGUGACGGCAUAGUCAAGAAGUUCAUAAACAUCUGUGAGAAUGCUGAAGGUGCCAUUGCUGUUCAUUGCAAAGCUGGGCUUGGCCGAACGGGCACUCUAAUCGGAUGCUAUAUGAUGAAACACUAUCAGCUAACAGCUGCUGAAGCCAUUGCCUGGAUUAGAAUCUGCAGACCAGGUUCAGUCAUUGGCCCUCAACAGAAUUUUGUGCAAGAAAAACAAGAAAGCCUUUGGGCAGAGGGACGUCUCUUCCAUGAGAAAAUGAAAGAGCAGGAAAAUGGAACCAGCAAAAUUUCGGUGACGAGAAUCCUGUCUGGGGUCGAUGAUAUUUCAAUCAAUGGUAACAAGAACAGAACAUCUGGAAAACUGGAAACAGAAGUGUAUAAUGAUGAAGAAGAAAGAAACGGUAUUACCCAAGGAGACAAACUGCGUGCUUUAAAAAGCAGACGACAGGCCAGAGCUUCCACAGGAUCAUUCUCAUUGGAAGAGAACAAAAUUCAUACUCGGUCAUCAUCGCAGUCAUUUAGGAUUAUUUUGCAGUCCAGUGUGCAGAGCUGUAAGCCUGUAAAAUCACCAAGCCUGUCAAACAGCACAGAUGCUAGAAAAAGGACUAGGUCUACAAUGGGAUAUGAUGGUUUGGGGAGCCACAUUGUUCCAAGGGGAAGGAAGACGCGACGCUCUUUACAGCAAAUGCGCUUUAUGAGAUUAUGGUACUUUUGCUUUCUGUCUCUUCUACUUCUUGCUGCUUUCUCCUACUCUGUUAAGCAAAGAAGUGCAAAGCAUUGUUAGAACACUGACAAUACAUUUGCUCCAACAUUUACUCUGAAAUUGUGCUUUACAGUCCUUUUACUAACCAUAAUGUUAAAAAUAAUAAUUUUGCACAACCAUUGGUGGGUGAUAAUCCAAAAUAAAUUGGAGAAAAGUUGUGUAUUUUCUUUUUUAUUUGACCAAAUUCCAUGAGUAACUAUGAAGUGGAAUACAUCUUGUUGUAACUGUUCUCUUUAAUGGACUGGAAUUCCGCUAUCUGUACUGGAGAGUCCACAUGAACAAACCAAUGCCUUAGGCUCAGUGGUACAAGCCACUUUUGUACAGAUUGAAUAUUUGAAUUAAUGAAUACAGAUACUUCAUCUAUGUUAGUAAUAGUAGCUUAAUGGUAUUUAUAAAGGUUUGAUUUUCAUUUCCAUAAUAGUUCAUUUUUUUAGAAUGGAUUAUCCAAGAAUUCCAAAUAAGUCUGUGCAAAUUCUUCUAGUGUUAGUAUCUUCAAGAAAAACAACUAAUUUAGUUUCCAUUCUUUCAAACUAUAACUGUAUUGUACAGAUUACAAGAAAUUAUUUGUUUUCAAGAUUAAAAUUUCAGGACAGGCCAGAAAAUUAUGAAUGGAGGGUGUAUCUAAAAUUGAGAGAAAUGCUUCAGAACUUAAAAUAAGCAAAUUCUGGGGCUGGGCUUCUUUUCUCUUAGGCCCAUGAGAAAGACCUGUGCGAGAGAAAAUUUCAUUGCAUAGUAGGCUGCACACAUUUCGGAAGUAUUUGUCUACAUCAAAGGGUGGAAAGUUGGGGGGGCUUUUACAAAUUUGCAUGAAAAUUUUAUUUUCCUUGUUAGAGGUCUGACUGUUUUUU